UAUGGCUUUGACCCGCGCCCAGCGCUGCCUGGUGCGGGUGCUGCGCUUCUUCUCGGGCGCCUUCCUGACGCUGCUCAGCCUGGCGCUGCGCGUCUCCGCCCUGUUGAGUUGGAAAGCGAAAGGCGCCCGAGGAUCUCGCCCUGCGUGGCGCACCGUCCCGCCGCCCGACCAGCCGCUGCUGCUCCUUCCCGCCGGGGAGCUGGCCAGGCGCAUCCGCCGCAGGGAGUUGAAGUGCGUUGAUCUCCUUGAAACCUACAUUGAGAGGAUCAAGCAGGUGAACCCGCUCAUCAAUGCUAUUGUUAAAGACAGGUUUGAGGCUGCCUUGCAAGAGGCCCAGGUGGUUGACCAGCUGCUUUCUGACGGACAAGAAGAUGAAGAAUCACUCCAGAAAAAAUUCCCCUUGCUGGGCAUUCCUGUCACUGUCAAGGAAGCCUUUGCGUUAUAUGGCGUGGUGCCCAAUGACGGCCAGUUUCCUGAUGCGGUUGGCCAUCGUAUAAACUUCCUGUGCACUGGACCUAUGUGUCGUUAUGCAGAAGACAUGGAACUCCUGUUGAGAGUCAUGGCUGGGCCAAACAUUUCCAAACUGAAGCUGGAUGACCCGGUCUCUUUGCAGAAGAUCAAGUUCUACUCCAUGGAACAUGAUGGAGGCUCCAUUUUCCUCUUACCGGUCGAUAAAGAGAUCCUCCAAGCUCAUCGGAAAACGGUGGCACACUUAGAGACGGACCUGGGGGUUGAGGUGGAGAACGUGGCCAUCAGCAAAAUGAAAUAUUCCUUCCAAAUCUGGUCAGUUAUGAUGUCUUCCAAGAGCAGUGAUAAUCAGGAAAAUCAAACUUUCACUGAUUUGCUUGGUGACCAUGGAAAACCAGUAUGGCCAUCAUGGGAACUGGUGAAGUGGAUGAUGAGACUCUCUUCUCACACGUUUCCAGCCAUUGCACUAGGAAUAACGGAGAAGUUGACGAAAUACAAUUCCAAGGCAAAUGCCAAGCUAGCAAGCAUGGCACAGAGCCUGCAGACAGAGAUGGUGGAAUUAUUGGGAGAGAAUGGCGUCUUCUUAUACCCUUCACACCCUGUACUAGCUCCCAAGCAUCACGCACCACUGGGCAUGCCCUUCAAUUUUGCCUACACAG